GAUUUUCAUCCCCAAGAAGCACCGGCAGCGGUUUGACGAGGUGGUGUCGCAGAGCCUGAUCAGCAAGCUGUGCCGCUCCAAGAGCCAGCAGCACAGCAACCGCCUGCGGCGCAGCCGGAGCGAGGACCACCAGGAGCGGCUACUGGUCUCCACCCGCGCCAGCUCCGUGCCCCGCUGCCACGAGGAGACCAGCAAGAGCCUGCGGAAAACCACCUCGCUCAUCACCAGCAAUGUGGCCUCGGGGGCUGCCCGCAGAACUGUGCGAGUCUAUAAAGGCAACAGAAGCUUUGGCUUCACGCUGCGCGGCCAUGCCCCGGUGUGGAUCGAGUCUGUUCUGCCAGGGAGCCCGGCUGAGAAGGCUGCUCUCAAAGCCGGAGACCGGAUCCUGUUCCUCAACGGUCUGGACAUGAGGAACUGCUCCCAUGACAAGGUGGUGUCGAUGCUGCAGGGCAGCGGGGCCAUGCCCACCUUGGUGGUGGAAGAGGGGAUCGUCAACUUCGCCAGCGACUCUGACUCUGCCGACUCCCCAGGCAGCUCCUCUGCCCUCACCUCCCUGCAGUGGGUCGCGGAGAUUCUCCCCUCUAGCAUCAAGAUCCAAGGAAGGACCUUCACCCAGCAGCUGGAGCACCUGCUCACCCCCCCCGAGCGCUACACCAUCUGCAAAGCGCUGGAAGGCUUCUUCCAACAUCGGAACAUUGACACUCUCAUUGUGGAUGUGUACCCGGUGCUGGACACACCAGCCAAGCAAGUCAUUUGGCAGUUUAUCUACCAGCUGCUGACGUACGAAGAGCAGGAGCACUGCCAGCAAAAGAUUGCCAGGUUUCUUGGUUACAAGUCCUUGGCAG